UUGGCCUGCCAACUAGCAGGCAAUACUUAGAAGCCACGCUGAACGUGUACGACCACAAUAAAAGAAACUCUCACUCGAAAAUAGAACCAGAAUCAUACGUCUUCCACUCCUAUCACGAAACAAAAUAGACUAGUGUCUCUGUGCUAUAUUCAUAAUUUCAAGUCCUCCGGCAACUCAUAAACGACAAUUUAAAUUCGUGCCUAAAGAACUACUCAUAUAUAACACUGAGAACCAUCACGCCGGGUCUGUGCAGUUUCAAGGUGUACACGAUCGAAACACGAAAAUAWUCAAAGUAGUGGAAUCAGCUUACGAAGUUGAACCCAAGUGAGAUUGAACAAGAUGAGCUCAAACAACACGACCGCAAAUAUUACCGAUUCUGACGACCCGUAUUCUGCCACUUUAGCUGCUGCAGAUGGCUUCUUCUAUGCACGACUCGUCUGCUAUGUCAUUAUAUUUAUCGUCGGAGUCAUUGGAAAUGUCCUCGUUUGCUUGGUCGUGUGCCGCCAACGUAAAAUGAAAAAUAUCACCAACUAUUUUAUAGUGAACUUAGCUGUCGCAGAUCUUUCAGUCUUGUUGAUUUGCAUCCCGUUCGAUUUUGGUGAAAUUAUCACCAAGUACUGGCCUUAUGGUGCAGUGAUGUGUAAACUCAUCUACCCACUUCAAACAAUGGCUACCACAGCAUCAGUGGGAACUCUUGUCGCCAUAAGCUUAAACAGAUUCAUUGCUAUAAUAUACCCUCUUCGACCUCAACCAACAACAAGAGACGCCAAGAAGGUUAUCAUUAUAGUAUGGGUGCUAUCCCUAGUCCUGGUAUCUCCCUACAUAGCUGUGCUUAGGCAGCGGGAGAAGGAAUGCUCCGAGACUUUCCAGGAACGCGGUAUGAAUGCUGGAGCUUACACUUUGGCGAUCUUCAUUUUACAAUAUGUUUUACCCAUCACUCUCAUUGGAUUGUCGUACAUAAGGAUUGGCCGGGACCUGAGGAGAGACAAAGGUUCAUAUUCAAAUGAUGUGCUUCAAAGAGAACAAGAAAGAGAGGCCCACAAAGUGGUGAAAAUCCUAACCGUGGUUGUCAUAGUGUUCGCCAUGCUGAUGUUACCGAACCACAUUGUCUUUAUCUGGAUAGAUUUUGGCAACGGCAGUCAAAAUAUCUACAUAACGCAAAUCAUUUCGCUUGGGCAAAUAUUGGUGUAUUUCAACAGCGCAACAAAUCCUCUAAUCUACAACGCGGUUAACGAGCAAUUCAGAGAAGGUUUUCGGCAAUAUUUCCAAUCUUGGAGAGACUUAAUACUAACCUCUAAAGGAAAGAAAAGCCUGCAACAUCGCGGCCAACAUAACACAAGAACCACUACUAAAUGUACAAUGUGCAUCGGCAGCGAGGAGGAAAAGCUUCAUAGUAGAAGAUGUUCUGAACGUUCUGAAAAUGAUAAUAAUAAUUCUUCGUCACAGUCACGAAACGUGAAUUCAGUUACCGUGACAGACAAUGCGACUUCAAGUUUGCUAACACAAGUGUGAAAUAACUGGUAAUUGGUCAAUCGUGUAACUACACAGAACAGUAUUCUUCGAUUGCACGUUACGUCAUCGCGGCCAUGUUGGUACCAUUUAACAAAAGAUUUCUCAUUAGCAUCCAUUGUUAACGGUACCACAAUGGCCGCCAUGUUUUUGUCUUUUAACUCUCUUGGGAAUGCUUGCAACCCAUCAAUAACAUCAGCCAUUUUUGAGUGCUAUUUUUGUAAUAUUUUUUGAAGCGUGUUACUAGUACUCGGUCUCAGAUCUACAAGCGACGUUUUUUUGAAAUAGGUCUAUACUCAUUUCAGAAAAGUCAGUCACCUAAAAAGCUUGAAACUUGAAAAGAUACAAAGCUGAUACCUGACCGGCCGAACGAUUAUAAGUUUUACAUUAUAAGUUUUACAUUUUUUCAAGUUAACCACUUGAUAACUACUCAUGAUGGAUAUUUUUACCUUCCGUGGGCAUUAUCAAGCAGCAGUUUGAAUUAAAAGUUGUUUUUUUUGCAUGAAGUUUUUUGCUGAUCAUCGGCAAUUUCAGCUUUGUAGGCUUUUGGUCACCGAAGUUAUUAACCUAGGUAUAUAAUUAUCACCUCACUAAAUGAAUCCAGCUCAUAGUCCCUUGGGUAUUAAAAGCUCUGUUGGAUGGCAAACAAGCUUCAAAAGAAGCAUUUUUAAAGAAGCUUUGCUUCCAAAACUAUAAACGAGAGAGAUGUUCCUUGGAGUCAGGGUCGUUUGCUAUCCAGUCACUGUCGUGGGGCAAGAUAUUGCAAAAGGGCUAUGUUGUGAUUGAAAAGGAGGAAUGUAACGGGAAGGUUGAGGGGGUUCACACCCCCUGUGGAUGUAGCACAAAAUCUAUAGACAUACAAUGCCAAAUUUCGCAGACAUUCGAUGCUGAAGGCUCUUGUUUUAGGAAACUUUCUGCAGGAUGGGCCUAAUGAAUAAUUAACUUUGGUCUAUAUUGCGUGCAAAUCUGGUUAAUACGACGUAGACCUUCGAAUCAGCACAAGAUUCUUCGUUCUAGACUCCCAGCUUGGUUGCACAAUUAUACACUUAUUUAAAAAAGGAUAAAGAGGCGAACGGCGAUAGGUAAUAAGCGAUAGAUAAUAAGUGAUAGGAGAUGGUUCUGAAGUGGUAAAAUGGGACCUGGAGUUCGCCUAGUUGGGGGCUGAGAAAAUGGGAUUUUAUGCACUGGGACUAUGGUAUUCACAAACAAACAAUCAAAACAUGAAAAUGGGAUUGAACUUUAAACAAAACAUAGGCUUGGACUAUGGGAUUUGGUCAAAAUAGAGGCUGGAAAAUGGGAUUAGGACCCCCUUCAGACCCUCAUCGGGAAAUAGUUCAUUCCGAGAUCAAAGAAUAGUUGAAAUGAUUGGUGUUUCUUAUAGUCAUAUAUUCUUGUCAAAAACAUAGAGGGUUGUUGAGAUAUUUAGUGUUGUUUGUAGUCGACGAAACCAUUGAAAACACCGCUUGACUAUUCAUGUUUAGAUGCACGCCUACAGUUCCUUUUGGUCGUGCAAUUCAUCCUUAAACAUUUUUACACGUGCAUGGUCUAGUCAAAACAAGGAAUCAGGGUUCGUGCUACUUCUCCAACAAUGCAUAGGAACCAUACUUUAUUUUCAGGCUCCAUGUCAUCGACGUAAAAUGAUGGAAAAUAGCAUAUAACAACCUUAUUCACGUAGGUAAUAAAUGGAUUUUCAACAAAAAGUAUGUUACAGUAGAUAAUCAUGAUAAAUAAGUAACCGUUGCAUUUUCAAGGAGUAUUUCAGGAGUAUCCAGCAACUUUGUUAUUUUCAAGGGCUUUUCAAGUGCACUUAAAAAUGGGUUUUUGAAUUCCAGGGCUUUUCAAGGAUUUCAAGGAGUAGCACGAACCCUGAGGAAUGGAAUAUUCGGCCGCUGAUUCGCAGACUGUCUUAACCAGAGUUAAAGUCGGGCUGCUAGCAGGCUAUUACUGGCUGACAAAAAUAUCAUAUUUUAUGAAUGUUUUACUCUAGAAAUGUUAAAGUUUUCCUAAAUAAAAUUUAAAAAAUUCUUUUCA